GUAUCAAACAUACCGGGGCUACAAGCAGGUCCGUAAUGUUUCGUAUAGCCGUCCUCCUUCUGGGCCUAGGCCAGGCAUUGGCCUACAAGAAUCCGUACUAUGCGGAAGGCCAUUCCACCAUGGUGCACCUGUUCGAGUGGAAAUGGGAUGACAUCGCUGAUGAAUGCGAGCGGUUUCUCGGCCCGAAGGGAUACGGUGGUAUUCAGAUUUCUCCACCCAACGAAAAUGUAAUAAUCUUGGCCCAAAACCGCCCCUGGUGGGAGCGCUACCAGCCAAUUUCCUACAAAUUAGUAACUCGAUCGGGCGACGAGCAACAGUUCUCGGACAUGGUCCGCCGAUGCAAUAAUGCUGGAGUAAGAAUUUACGUCGAUGCUGUCAUCAACCACAUGACAGGUGAACCUGCAGAUAACGUAGGCACUGGUGGCAGUACUGCCAACUUCCAAGAGUGGGAUUAUCCAGCUGUCCCGUAUUCUGCUCAGGACUUCAACUGGCCGAUUUGUGGCAUUCAUGGGUGGGAUUAUGGGUGCUGUGCUGAUAGAGUGCGGAAUUGCGAGUUGGUGGGACUAAAGGAUUUGAAUCAGAAAUCAGAACAUGUGCGUCAAAUGAUACUUGAUUUCAUGAACAAACUUAUCGAUUUGGGCGUUGCUGGAUUCAGAAUUGAUGCAGCCAAACACAUGUGGCCAGAAGACCUCCGCAUCAUUUACGACGGACUCCACGACUUAAACACAGACCACGGCUUUCCUUCAGGAGCUCGCCCUUACAUCUACCAAGAAGUCAUCGAUUUCGGAGGAGAAGCUAUCUCACGAUACGAAUACACCAGUUUAGCUGCUGUAACCGAGUUUAAAUUUGGACUUGAACUGGGCAGAUUGUUCUCAGGGUUGAACCAGCUGAGAUGGUUGGAUAGCUGGGGUCCUGUUUGGGGUCUUCUUCCUCACGAAGAUGCACUUGUUUUUGUUGAUAACCACGAUAACCAAAGAGGCCAUGGAGGUGGCGGUGAGAUCCUGACAUAUAAGAGAGCUAAACAGUACAAGGGAGCAACAGCGUUCAUGUUGGCUCACCCGUAUGGAGAGCCGCAGCUGAUGAGCAGUUUUGACUUUACUGAUAGUGAAAUUGGGCCGCCUAUGGACUCUGCUGGGAAUAUUAUUUCACCUUCCAUUAAUUCAGAUGAUACUUGCGGCAACGGCUGGGUGUGCGAGCACCGCUGGCGUCAGAUGUACAACAUGGUCGGGUUCAGAAACAUCGCCGCUGGCACCAACGUCAGCGACUGGUGGGACAACGGCAGCAACCAGAUCGCCUUCUGCCGCGGAAACCGGGCUUUCAUUGCUUUCAACAACGAUAACUGGGAUCUGAACCAUAUUAUACAGACAUGCUUGCCACCCGGCUUAUACUGCGACGUGAUCUCCGGAUCCAGGACAGAGGAUAACCGCUGUUCGGGCAAACUCGUCGCCGUGGCCAGUGAUGGCCGUGCGCAUAUCUAUGUGGCACCGCACGAGUUGGACAUGAUGCUGGCCAUCCAUGUUGGCAGUGAAGUGAGUUAA